AUGCUAUCACGAAACGUGCACAGAGUCCUUGUUUUAUUAUCAUGUACAUUUCUUGGGUUAAUAUGUGGAACAUUAUACCUUUAUUCAUCAUAUAGUCCUCAGCUAGCAAAGCAAUUACAAUACACAGCAUCGGAUUCAUCAAAGAUUGCUUUAUGGGGCACUAUUGGGACAGCAUGGGCAGGCCCAAUUUCUGGAGCAGUUGUAGAUCGCAAGGGAUACACCUUAUCGCUACUAAUAGGUGCAUUUUUGAUAAUUUUGGGCUAUGGUGGCAUGAAAUAUCAAUUUGAUCACCAAUACAAUCAGGUUCAAAUAUCUUGUUUUUGGUUGUUUUCAAUAGGUUUGGGUUCGACUUUUAUCAAUUCUGCUUGUCUCAAAUGUUGUGCAGUAAGUUUUCCAAGUAUAAGAGGGGUUGCAACAUCGUUACCGUUGGCAUUGUAUGGUUUAAGUGCUCUUUUUUAUUCGGUGAUAGCUUCAGUUUUUUAUGCAGGGAAGACUUCUGAAUUUUUGGGGUUUGUUGGGAUCUCCGUAAUUGUCAUUUGCGUUAUCUGCUUUCCUAGUGUCUAUUUGUCAGACAAAGAGCACAAGCUUCGAAAAGCUUCUACAUUCCGAAACCAUCAAUUACUGGAAGAUUCUGAGAAGAACCUAAGCACGCAUUCCAAAGUUGAUUUAUUCAAAAGUUACAAGUUCUGGAUGUGUUUUGCAAUCCUUGGGUCUUUGGCGUCGUUGGGCCAGAUGUACAUUUACUCUGUGGGAUACAUUGUCAAGUCCUUGGUGGGAUACUCUACUACUGAGGAACAUUUGGAAGUUGCAGCCACUAGUGAUCAAAUUGAGUUAUUGAUUCAACAACAACAACAACUUCAAGUGGGAAUGAUUUCGAUUGCAAACUGCAUUGGUCGGAUACUAGCGGGCAUUCUGGGUGACAUUAUCACGCAAUCAUUCUCCACACCAAGGUCAUGGUUAUUGGUCAUACCGUCGGUGGGAACAACCUUUUGUCAAAUACUUACCUCAAACACUGUUCACUAUAACAACCUUCCACUCAAUUCCUUUUUAGUCGGUCUUUUUUACGGUUUUACAUUUUGUCUCAUUCCCAUUAUUGUGGGAGACAUUUUUGGAAUGGAAGAUUUUUCUUUCAAUUGGGGAAUUACAUGUCUUGCGCCUAUUGGGCCCAGUUAUUACUUGACUAGUAUGUUUGGUAAAGAGUAUGAUCUCAAAUCUGGCAAAACAGCCCUCAUGGACAUGGCCAAGGAUGGCGAAACUCUGCUGGCAACCAUGGGGUGCAGUUUAGGAAACAAAUGCUACAAUAGUGUCCUUGGCGUUACAGCUGGCGUUGGAUGCUUCGCAAUCAUUUUAGUCCUUGUAUUCAAUUUCAGUGACAUGAUAUGCAGGAGAAAACCAAAAACAUUAUCUUUACAAGACAUUCGCAUUAACAAAAUGUACAUAGAGAAGCCAUAA